AGUGUUCAAAAUGACGAAAAACACCAAGUAUGAAGAAAACCCACUAAUGAGAUUAACCGAAGAUUUAUUCUAUGAAAUUUUAUUCCGAUUACCCACAAAAACACUAGGAAAAUGCAAGUUAGUCUCAAAAGAAUGGAAUUCUCUGAUUUCAGACCCUAAUUUUGCCAUUUCUCAUCAUGAUCAUUCAACCAAAAGCAAACUACCUCUAACAUUAGCUUCACAAAAGGAAAACUACUUCUCUGUGCUUCAGUUUGAAGAUUAUCUUGAUAUUACUCAAGGUGUACACUUAGCCUUAGUGCAUAAUCAAAUCCCUGCUAGUUAUUAUGAGGAUUAUUACUGUUUCUUAAUUGGUUCUUGCCAUGGGCUUGUUUGUUUGUACCUUAUGUGUAAGAAAACCAGUUAUGGAUAUAUGGAAGAUUUAAUGUUGAUAUGGAAUCCUGUAACAAAUGAAUGCAAACAAAUUCCAUUGCCUUGGAAAGGGGUAAGAGUAAGAUUUUCCUUUGCGAGGAUUCUUGCUGGUUCGGCUACCUUAGCUCUAUAAAUGACUAUAAGAUUGUGUUGGU